AAAUUAGUGGCGGAGUUACGUUAUUGGAAAGAUAUGGAAUGAGUGAGAUAGGAAUGGGAUUAAGUCAUGAAUAUGAAGCUGAAAAAAGAUUUGAGGGAUGUGUUGGAGUACCUUUACCAGGUGUACAAGUAAGGUUAAUGUCAGAAGAUGAUAAAGAUAUUACUACGUCAGUUGAACAACCAGGGGAAUUGCAUGUAAAGGGGCCAAAUGUAUUUAAAGAAUAUUGGAAUAGGCCUGAGGCUACUAAAAAGGAAUUUACUAAAGAUGGAUGCGGAUCAUAUAAAAUUUCAGCUUUAGAGAUUGAGAAAGAAUUAUUAUCACAUCCUGAUAUACAAGAAGUUUCUAUUGUAGGUGUUGAAGAUGCAGAAUGGGGUCAAAAAGUUG